AUGAGAACCCAUACUGCGAUAAAACCUUUCUCGUGUGAGUUAUGCGAUUAUAAAUGUUCUCGAAAUGUAAGUUUAGUGUCGCACUUGAGAACCCACACUGGUUUAAAGCCUUUCUCGUGUGAGUUAUGCAAUUACAAAUUUACAACAAAGAGCGGUUUAGUGCCGCACAUGAGAACCCAUACCGGCGAUAAACCAUUUUCUUGUAAGUUAUGCAAUUACAAAUCUACAUUAAAGAGCACUUUAGUGGCGCACAUGAGAACCCAUACCGGCGAUAAGCCAUUUUCUUGUGAGUUAUGCAAUUACAAAUUUACAACAAAGAGCGGUUUAGUGCCGCACAUGAGAACCCAUACCGGCGAUAAACCAUUUUCUUGUAAGUCAUGCGAUUACAAAUCUACAUUAAAGAGCACUUUAGUGGCGCACAUGAGAACCCAUACCGGCGAUAAGCCAUUUUCUUGUAAAAUAUGCAAUUACAAAUCUACAGCAAAGAGCGGUUUAGUGGUGCACAUGAGAACCCAUACUGGCGAUAAGCCAUUUUCUUGUAAGUUAUGCAAUUACAAAUCUACAUUAAAGAACACUUUAGUGGCGCACAUGAGAACCCAUACCGGCGAUAAGCCAUUUUCUUGUGAGUUAUGCAAUUACAAAUCUACAACAAAGGCCGGUUUAGUGCGGCACAUGAGAACCCAUACCGGCGAUAAACCAUUUUCUUGUAAGUCAUGCAAUUACAAAUCUUCAUUAAAGAGCACUUUAGUGGCGCACAUGAGAACCCAUUCCGGCGAUAAGCCAUUUUCUUGUAAAAUAUGCAAUCACAAAUCUACAACAAAGAGCGGUUUAGUGGCGCACAUGAGGACCCAUACCGGCGAUAAGCCAUUUUCUUGUGGUUACGCAAUUACAAAUCUACAACAAUGAGGGGUUUAGUGCCGCACAUGAGAACCCAUACUGGCGAUAAGCCAUUUUCUUGUAAGUUAUGCAAUUACAAAUCUACAAUAAAGAGCAGUUUAGUGGUGCACAUGAGAACCCAUACCGGCGAUAAGCCAUUUUCUUGUAAAAUAUACAAUUACAAAACAACAAAGAGCGGUUUAGUGCGGCACGUGAGAACCCAUACCGGCGAUAAACCAUUUUCUUGUAAGUCAUGCAAUUACAAAUCUGCAUUAAAGAGCACUUUAGUGGCGCACAUGAGAACCCAUUCCGGCGAUAAGCCAUUUUCUUGUAAAAUAUGCAAUUACAAAUCUACAGCAAAGAGCGGUUUAGUGACGCGCAUGAGAACCCAUACCGGCGAUAAGCCAUUUUCUUGUAAGUUUUACUAUUACAAAUCUACAAUAAAGAGCAGUUUAGUGGUGCACAUGACAACCCAUACCGGCGAUAAGCCAUUUUCUUGUAAAAUAUGCAAUUACAAAUCUACAGCAAAGAGCGGUUUAGUGACGCGCAUGAGAACCCAUACCGGCGAUAAGCCAUUUUCUUGUAAGUCAUGCAAUUACAAAUCUGCAUUAAAGAGCACUUUAGUGGCGCACAUGAGAACCCAUUCCGGCGAUAAGCCAUUUUCUUGUAAAAUAUGCAAUUACAAAUCUACAGCAAAGAGCGGUUUAGUGACGCGCAUGAGAACCCAUACCGGCGAUAAGCCAUUUUCUUGUAAGUUUUGCUAUUACAAAUCUACAAUAAAGAGCAGUUUAGUGGUGCACAUGACAACCCAUACCGGCGAUAAGCCAUUUUCUUGUAAAAUAUGCAAUUACAAAUCUAUAACAAAGAACCAUUUAGUGAUGCACAUGAGAACCCAUACCGGCGAUAAGCCAUUUUCUUGUGAGUUAUGCAAUUACAAAAUAAUGUGCAAAUGGAACUAGUCUAAUAUGGCAUAGGAGAGAGAACUCACAUUGCCACUGGUGAAAAACCUUUAUCAUGUUUGUGAGCUGCAUGUCUCAUCACACCACCGGACUCGCGCACCGAGGGUUCCGUACUCAGGUAUUUUUUUUGACAUUUUGCAGGAUAACCCAAAAACUUAUGCAUAAAAAUAAAUAAAAAUCUGUUUUAGAAUGUACAGGUAAAGCCCUUUCAUAUGAUUUCCCACAUUGUACAAUUAUCUUACUUAACGGGCAUGAGACCGGCCUGCCCGCGAAAUUCAAAUUUAAUUUGGUUUUUCGCAAUUUGUAAACUAAUACGACAACGUAGGCUUAUGGCAUUCUAAUUCCGACAGUGGCAGUAUCAUCCUCACA